GAGGAAGAAGAGCUGCGCACACAAUGCACAGCACGGCUGACAAGGGUUGUGUCUGCCUCAUUUUCACCAUUAAUUCCCAGUUCCGUGGAAACUUGCGAAAGAGCAGCGGAGCCAUUCUGUAUUCCUCUCGCAAUAUAUGUGGAGUCCGAGCUCAGCGCGAUUGAGAGAUCGCUGAGCGGAAGCGGCGGUUCAACUUCUUCCAAAACAUUGGAUUAUAAGGAGGGCUUCAUGCAGAAGAAGACCAGCCCGACGGGGGCUCAAGUUCCGACACCCUGUAAAUCGAAAUCGAGGCUUUAAAAUUUGGGCCUCAGAGGUUUUUGUUGUUGCGAACGGAGAACGACGGGGGAGUUGUGUUUGAUAAGGCGAAAGAUUAAAGCUCUACGCUUGUUUCGCAGUUUAAAAUGUACAUAUGUAAUACUAGCCUUCCUUAAAAUCUGGGAGGUUCUUGCGGAAGGCUAACAGCUAGCUGCUGUGGUAGCGACGUUACGUCUUUCUUUUGAUGAAUUCAACCAUCACCAUCGGCCAUUAAAUCUUCAACAGGAGGAAUAUUUGCUCUGUUUGGCGGAUGGAUCUAAGUCCAGCUCUACAGCUCGACCUGUCAGUCUUUGGAGACAUUAUAAUAAUAUAGGCAUAUUAUUAGGUUCCGAGUAUAUAUAAUAUUGUAUCGCCUUAGCUAUGCUAUCCGAAACAGCUAAAAACCGAUUAACGAGCUCUAUUAGGCUUUGCUAUUUAAAGUUAGUUAGCUUGUUUAAUUAGUUACAUUCGUAUUCAUUAACUUUGUCUGUCAACGUUAAACUUUGACAUUAAUGUUAAAUAUUAUUGGGAAUAGUAGGCUAUUGGCCUUGCUAGCCAGCUAAUCGUAUGUCAUUAUUGCUAAUAAAUUUGUCAGCGUGUACAGAAAAAAAAAAAUCCUGAGAAAUUCGGAUUGGUUGUGAAAAGGAUUUCUGAUGAUGUUGCACUUUUAAAUUUGUAAUAUAUAAGCAAUCUGCUUUGGCCUGUCUGCCCCUUAUCUAGACUUGUCUUUUUUUGUUUACAUGCGUCUUGUUAGCUCAUAUUAGCCUCAGAGGAGACACUGUCAGCUAUGUCCUGACAUCUGCGUGGCGUUCUGGGUGUUUGAUAUUCCUAUGUGGAUUUAAGUUUGUGUUCAUAUUUAGUGAAAUGACACUAAAAUUUCGCAAAAAGAAAGGCGCUGAUGCCAGCAGACUGCUGUCAGGGGACGGUAAAUAAUAGCCACUGGUUCCAUUAACGCCAUUUUAACAGGGGCUCCCUCUUAGGGCCUGUGUGUGGUGUGGUUGUUUUUCCCUUUUCCUUCUUUUAAAAUUACGGUUCGGUGCCUUCUGCCGGACCGGGACUGAAAUAAAGUGCCUUUGGUCCCAUUGGAGCUACAAAGGAAGGCGGCCUCCGACUAUGGAGGGUCCGAGCCGAAGCGCUGGAAUGAGAAAGAGCCGACGGUCCCGUUCGCAGCGCGACAGGGAGCUGAGGCGGCGGAGGAGAGUGAACCUGGCCGAGGAGCGGGCCACAUCCCUGUCCUCGGGCUCCGACCGAGAGGGACGCGGGACGAAUAAUGUCCUGGGUCCCGGUGGGAGAGAAUGUCGGCCCGUAUUUGGGCGACACAGGCCUCCGCGUCGGAGGAAGAGGGAGUCUGUGUCCUGCGAGGAAGACAUCAUUGACGGCUUCGCCAUCGCGAGCUUCAUCAGCUUGGAGGCACUGGAGAUGGACUGUUCCUUGAAGCCCAAUCAGCGCACCGAUAUGCUGGGAAGGCAGAACAAGAGGAAGAGGGGCUCGGAGAAGAACGGUGGAGGGCCACUCUCGGAGCCUGAGGAUGGGGCCCCGCACAGCUACUCCAGCAGCUACUUGAAGAGGAGAAGCAAGAGACGAAAGAUAGAGGGUUCUCAUUUGGAGACGGGCUACAUUUGCGACACAGAGAGUGACACUGGAGAUAAGGCCUCCGACAAUGAAAUGGAUCCAGUGUUCACAGUCAGCACCAGAAAAGCCGUGGAUCCGUCCCCUUCAAACUUGGCCACGGCGGGCAAAAGCUGCCCGCCUCUGUCGGCACGUUGCGGUGGCAUCUCGCGGCUCAUGGUGACCCCGCGAGUGUCUGGCCUGGAGCGAAGUCAGGAGACAAGCCUGGAGCCGCACUUCCCGGAGCCAUUUUCUUCUUCUACCUCUCCUGGUCUCAUUUGCAUGUCUUCCCCCGUCACCGCCUCGGUCGCCGUCCCUCGGCCCAACCCGGUCAACGGGAACGGCACUCGCCACAACGGGAGCCCGCCCCUUUCCAAGCCCAAACCGUACGGUUUGCCUCCUCGGUCUCAGUCCAUCUACAGCAGCAGCGGCGCUCCAGUCAAAACUCCAUCGUCUGCGUCGUCUGUUGCCACUUCCUCAGCCUCCAUGCGCCCUCCGACUCCUUCCACUAGCAUGUCUCUGCCCUACAGUCGGGGCUCGGGCUCUUCAGGUCCUCUCCGACCCCCGUCCCGAGCCAGCUCCGGGGCCUUGUUCACGUCUUCGCCCGGCCUGCCUCCACCGCCGCCUUUGCUUCCUCCCGCUCACUCAGCGGCUUCAGAGCGCGAGGGCAGACGCAGCGUUCCCGGGGCUGAGAACAACUCCGCGGCGGCGGGCCGCAACACCCCCGGCGGUCCGUCGGCGCCGAAUUCAUCAUCGAGCUCGUCGGGCAGGACGUCCCAGAACGUGCCGCCGUUGGCUUUCCAGUUCCAUCAGCACAACCACCAGCAUCAACACACGCACACCCACCAACACUUCACGCCCUUCCUGCACCCCUCGGCCACGGCGCCGCCGCUGUUUGAGAAGUUUCCAAGCAAAAUGGACGGACUGUACCGACACCCCUUCUUCCCACAGUACCCUCCACCCUCGGUUUCGAGUAUUCCGCCUGUUAUUCCUCCUGCCGGGCCCUUCGGCUCUUUGCAGGGAGCAUUUCAGCCAAAGCCUCUUGUCCCUCAGGGAACGGCUCCUGAUUUAACAGCACGACUUGGGGUUGUGUCUCACCACCUGCAGACCAAAGAUCACAGGCUAACUGAUCCAUUUGGGACGUCACUGAAAAUCAGUAAUAAACCAGGAAAAUGGUGCGCUAUGCAUGUUCAUGUGGCCUGGAUGAUUCUAAGCCAUCAGAGAAAAGUGAAGCUGAUGCAGGCCGAUCCUCACAAGUUGGACUUCCGAAGUGACCUGCUGUCACGGUUUUCUGGAGCUGUGGGCCUGGGAGGAGCCUUGCCUCCGACUCAUGAUUUGACUAGACCUCCGAGUCUCUUCCCAGCUGCAGGCGCAGUCAAUCCCUCAUCGGCACCUUUCAUUUCCCCAUCAGCGCCGCCUUCCUCUUUCCUUCCACCGGCUGCACACUUGGAUCCUUAUGGUCGAUCCCCUCCGUUUGCUCCACUGGGAGCCCUUGGUUCUGGUGCCUUUGGAGGACUUGGCAGCCCAGCACUGGCCGGCUCUGUGUUUAGCCCUAAAGAACCCCCACCCAGCGCGGUUGGGGGCUUACCCACCUCCAACCAUCACAUUGAGACAUGGAACCGUCUACACGGUGGUCCGCCGAUGUUCUCUGGAGGUCCCUGGAUUAAAGAAAUGGACAGAAGGGAUGAGAGAGAUCGAGGGAAGGAUAUGGAGAGGAGAGACAUCCCACACAUUAAGGAUGAGAAGGACAGGGACAGUAUGCUAUAUGGCCGACAACCUGUGAGAAUGUCUCCAGUUGGUCCGCUUUUCAGGCCCCGCAGUAGCACCCCGGUCAACCACAUCAACGGCCACAGCAGCGCCAUGGGAGGGAGCGGUGGACCCAUCGAGGACCUGACGCGGAGCUUAAACAGAGACCGCGAGCGAGACAGAGAUGGAGACAAGAGGCCGUUGCCAACAAUGUCCUCGAGGGCUCCUCCGCUUGGCUCUUCAUCUUUAGUAGCAGACAGAGAUAGGCCACGGUCUUCCUCAUCCUCUGUGCUCACCACGCCACCUCCCUCCCACCGCUCGAUCCCAUCCCCCUUGGACCUUUAUCCCCGCUCCCAAGCCCAAGCGGCACAUAACCUCCACAACGAUCAUUCCCAAAGAGACGGUAGCCUCCCUGCUUCUUCCGCAGCUUCUUCAUCCAUUUCGUCUUUGUCUCACGUCAAGAAGUCCGACCGCACCUCGACGCCCGUUUCCAAACCUUCCCUCUCUCUGCCUACGGUUAAAGUCAAAGAGGAGAGGAAGGAGGAGCCAGAGCACAUCCCCAUCACCCAUCCACCUCCAGCGCCCAGUCACACCUUUGACCGCCCCAACAGCCACCCACACCACCCCAGUUCUGGCACCCCUUCGUCCUGCUCUUUGUCGCUGACUCCUACUCCCGGGGUUCCACUCCCACCACCCACUCAUAAUCCCCCUCCUCACCAACCAGUGAUGGAACGCUCACGGCCGUUUGAAGCAAUCCUGGGAAGCACAGCAGGACUCCUAGUUGGUUCGGCAGGGGAGCGGUUUCCCCACGGACCGCCUCCGGGACAACCGCAGGGUCCGCAUAGCUUCACCUGGGACCCUUGGAGGGAAAUCAUGGCUCAUCAGCCGCAUCCGCAUCGAAGGGAGGCUUUGGCACUUCGGUCAGAUCCACACCUGACCCUACGACACGAUCCACACCUGGUUCGGCUUCUCCAACAUCAAAGGCACAUGGUGGAGGCGGAGAGGGCUGCGGUUGUAGCUGCCGCGGCCGCAGCCGGACCUCCACACCCUCCGACAUCUACCUCCGCGGCUGCCUCCUCCGGCGUUCGCCCGGAGUUCGGCCUGAUACCCUUCGAUCGCCCGCCUCAGCUGGGACCCCCAGGCGGCGGGCUUCUAGACGAGGAGCAAAGAGCCCAGAUCCUGAGGGAAGACUUUGAGCGCGCUCGCUACUUUGCAAUGCACCCACACCUCCCUCAUGGCUCCCAUCUCUCGAGCCCAUCGCACGCUGCUGCUGCUGCAGCUGCCGCCGCUCAUCUAGAGCAGCUCCAUCCCGGCCUUCUGCCUCACUCGCUCCCUUCAGGAGCCAGCGCUUCCCAGCACCACCCGAGCCUCUACUCCCGUCUCGGUCCCAUCAACCCGCACCACAUGUCCAACGGCAUCCUGGCGAAGGACUUGGUGGGUGCUCUGUCGGUGGGGGCGCCGCCGCCGCUCAUUCCGUCCAUCGCCAGCCGGUCGGCCACGCCGCCGCGUACUUCGAGACUCAGAGGGCCGAGUGAGCUGGCACUGUACAGCACCCACAAAGAUGGAGAGUCCAGAUAGUACUGGGACAACACUGGAGGAGGUGAAGGGAAAUGUCAGAAUCACUGUGCUGCUCUCAAACUGCCCCCCUUUUUCCUCUUGCAGACUACUAAAGCCCUGCCUUCCUAGUUACACAACCAGACCAGCUCCAGUCGUCACACAAAUUUAAAGAAAAGACAACAAAGGAAAAAAAAAGUGUAAACUUAUCUGGCUGGAGCUGAUGGUCUGGAUGAAUACGAAAGACUUGGAAUAUGCUCAGUGGCUUUAUCAGUGCAAUUUAAAGGUACAUGGUUUCUGUGCAUCCUUGAUGUAUUUUUUUUUAUAUGGACUGUUGGUUAUUACAGUGCUCAGAUUUUGAAAGCUGUAAGAAGAGGCAGAGGACAGCUGCUCCCCCCCCCCCCCCCCCCCCAUUUAUCAGGUGAAUUAUAAUUCAUGCUCUUAGGCAAGCCUUCACAAGGUGGAUUGGGAAUGAUUUCCAGAGGGUUGCACACCUUAAAGACAUUCAUCCUUAACUUGGUUAACUUAUAAAAUGUUUUCAUGCUCUCUUCAACGUAAACCAGGUAUUUUAGAUGGGGCUUUAAAAAAAAAAAAAAAGAGAGAGAAUAAAAAAAUUAAGAGGUAAAGUGGUGCUUUUUCCUUCCUUCUGGAUCCAUCGUGGUGAAAAGUCAGAUUCCUGGUGAGACCGUCUAAUUCUGAUCAUUAAACAUCUUACCUCAGUUUUCUGCUUUACCCUAACCCUCAUCUCUACUCAUAAUGAGAUUCAUCCCUGUUCGGCGGGUUUUUCUUGUCAAAAUGAACUGUGCUGCGCUGUGUGAGUAAAUGCAGCACUUUAGAGCUUCCUGUAACUGUUCUCCCAGUUUCCUCUCAUCUGCAAGAGCAGGUCCAGAUUAUAGUAGUCUAGAGAAAUUGCCUUUGUAAUUAUUAUACUUAACAUUAAUUAUCUUCUAUAAUAAUAAAUAUAUUCAUUGUUAUGUUAUUUGUCUUUGUUUGGUUACCAACCAGCACUCUUUCCCUCCACCCCAGGCAGGAAAAAGGCUUGCUUCGUGGAACGCUUUUUAAAUGCUUGUGAACAUUAAGCCUUAUCCAUUGCAACCUCUGGCCUCUUCAAGGAACUGAGCUGCGACUAUUAAACUGAGAGCGAAGUUUGCCUGUGAGUCACUGGUUCUGUGCUAUCUGUUGGGACUGCGGGAGCCUUGUACAUUAAACUGUCGAGUUGGUUCAUCCACAAAAGUAAAUUAUAUACAUGGAUAAGUGGGACAUCUGCUGAAAAGCUGAAAAAAAUAAAUAAAUAAAAGAAAAUAGGGACUUUUGUCAAAAGGCAAUUAGAGAUGGUUGAUAUCCUGAGAGGGGAAAAGACUGGGUCGAUUAUUUUAAUAUGACCAUUUUAUACCUUUCAAACCCUCCCCUAGAGACCACAAAGAAUAAUUAUUAAAUGAAUUGUUGUCUA